AUGUCUGCGGAGCGUGCCAUAGGUAGUACGAUCACCCUCAUUACCAACAGCCUGAUCCGCUACGAGGGUACCCUGGGCCAAAUUGAUGGACCAAAUAAUACCGUCAGCCUGACAAAUGUGCGUGUGUUCGGCACGGAGGGCCGCGGUCAGGAGGCGGGACUGGCCCAAAUCCCCCCUGCCGAUCAGCUUUUUGACCAGAUUGUAUUCCGCGGAUCCGACAUCAAGGAGCUGACGGUGUUUGAGGAGCCUCAUAAUGCCAUGAUGGACCCAGCUGUUGUGACUGCACUUCCGGCGCGAAAUAAUUCGGCCAAGACGGUGUCUAUAAACCAGCGAAACGGACCCUCCUCAGGCAACACCAGUGCACAGUACCAUCAAACACACCACCAGCACCAGCACCAGCAUCAGCAUCAGCAGCAACAGCGCUACGGCGGCGGUGGAUACCGUCGUGGCGGCGGUAGUGGCUAUCGCGGGUCGCGUCGUGUGGAUGGGCACACGGGACAGGAUUUCCGUCCUGCUACAGGGGCCGCGAAGGAAGAGUUUAAAGACGACUUUGAUUUUUCAAAGAGCCGAGAGGAGUUUGAGAAGAAGAAGAGCGAGUUUGAAAAGGCCAAGGAAGACGCCAAAGUUCAUAGCAAGGCCUACGACAAGAGCAGUUUCUUUGACAAAAUUUCUUGCGACCAGCAGGAUCGUGCUCUUCGUAUGGAUCGUGAGGGGGUGAAGAGAGCCGAUGCAGAGACGUUUGGCAGUGAGAUGGUUGGCAACAUGCGUGGCCCUCGUCGUGGUCGCGGUGGACGUGGCCGCUACAACGGCCGCUAUAAUUGA